AUGGCAUCUUCAAAGCUCCGGCAAUCAUGUUCUUUCCCAAUUCUUCUUGUCUCUUUCUUGAAUUUCAUUCUCUCUGCAGCCUCCAUAGCUCCCAUGAUCCUCUUGAAAAUGCCACCAACUUCACUAGGCUAUGCAUUCCUCAUGGUCUCUUCCAUUUCCCUCUUCUCUGCACUCAUAGGCUUCUACUCUCAAUUUUGCUUCACAACCCAUGUCACCCUCCUCCUCGGCUCAUCCCUCGCCCAGUUCCUCGCAUUCUUGACUCUCUUUACGAGGGAGAAUCCUAGCCUCGCAAUGCUGAAAUCCCCGAGGGACCCCCGGGAGGCAAAGGUGUUGGUGAGGCUGGAGUGUGGGUUGAUGAUGGUGAUGUUUGUGAUGCAAUUAGGAGUGUUGGUGGUGAGCUGUGUCGUGCAAUGGUGUUGGGUGAGGAGGAGGGAGGAUCAAAGUGCGGAGGCCGCCAAGGAGGCUUGGGCUCAAAAGAAGAGAGAGUGGAUGGUUAAGGUUCACGAGAACGAGGGCACAGUGCCUGUUACUACAAAGAUCGGUGAAGUGAAAGGUCUGGAGUUGGAUGAGAAGAUGAAGAGCAAGUGUGGCCAAUGUGUUUAA